CCCCCUUGGUCUUGCAAACCGACAAGGAUACGGCUUGCAAACCGACACGCAACUACACAACACGACCCAUCUGAAACACGACCGAUAUCCGCGAUCACCAACACCCAAUCUUAUCUUCUGAUAGCAAGGCACACAGCCAGGCUAGGCGCCUGGCAUGAAAUCAACUGUUCAAAUUGGCAGGAGAGACGGCUCAUGGAAGACUUGGCAGGUCAGUGUGUUCGUUUUGCGACGGGUUGCUUCGCCCCCAACGCUAUGGCCCGUCGGCGAGCGUACACAUCGUGCAGUCCGGAUACGCGAGUACUGUGUAUUGACGACAUGUCACUCAUUAUCCGGCUCAGGUCAUCAGUAGUAGCACAAGUUAGGAAUGCACGAUU